AUGCUACAUCGAGGACAGUUCCAUUCGAUCGGGUCCUUGCUAGUCGUCCUGGGAACGGUAGUGGUCGUAGCCGUCAGCGGACUCUGUCCAACUCCGCGCUGCGCUACGUACGAUAACAUCAACACGCUCUGGACGGGUCCCGACCCGGCACACUACCAGCAGUGUCGUCCGAGCCAGAACGGUACCUGGUACCUGCAGCUGAUGGCUUGCGCACCAGGGACACUGUUCAGCUACGAACGGCAGGUAUGCGUGCUGCCCGUCUACUGGACCGAAUGCUCGAUCACGGCUGCUCCCGACGCGGUGGCGUGUGAAGCACCGCGCUGCGUUACGUACGACGAGAUCAGCACGCUCUGGGUGCAUGAGCUGCGGGAAAAAUAUUACCAGUGUCGACCGGUGAAUAAAACCUGGGUACCGCAGGAAAUGCUCUGUGCACCGGGAACACUGUUUAGCUUCAAGCACCAGGUGUGUGUGCAUCAGGCGAUGUGGAAAAGUUCGUGUUAGCGUGCGGGGAGCGAGAAAGUGUGUGGGAGGGGUGGAAAAUAAGAGCAAAACGUGUGAAUGUCUACCGCUCGGCCCCGCAAAAUUGCAAGGUUUGGAAAACUACCCUUCAACGCAGUCAUUCAGCAUCAGAUUCGUGAGUGAUUUCGGUGAGUUUUCGAAGGUUCAAAGAAUAGGGCAGAUGGUUCCAAGAUUCCUAAACUCUGUAUCAUUAACCUUGGUAGUAAAGACCCCGAUUCUCUCACUCAAAGAGCCAUUGUGAAUGAUGUGAAUCGUUAGGAGUUCGUGAUUCUUUCGAGAGUGAACUAAUGAUUCGAAUGAAUCUUCUCAAAAGAUUCAAAUUAAUGACUCUACUUAACGGAUUCAUCAGGAA